GCUCCAGCUCUAAAUAUGGCGUCUGAAUAAAAACAAGAAGCAGAGUUGUAAAAAAAAAUUAUUUUGUGGCCUGCCGGAGAAGUGAUGAAUUUUUUGUAAAAAGCUAUUAAUAUUUAAGCCCUUACCUUACAAAAUAACUAGUUUGUAAAAGAUUAACAAAAUAUGGAUGUUCAAGCGCCAAGAGAUGCAAGUUUACGCAAUAUAAUAGAUAAACUGGCGGAAUUUGUGGCACGCAAUGGACCCGAGUUCGAAGCAAUUACCAAACAAAAGCAACAAAACAAUCCAAAGUUUGAGUUUCUCUAUGGCGGCGAAUUCGCUAGUUAUUAUCAAUUCCGUGUGGCAGCGGAACAGGCGAUGCUGAAACAGCAGCAGGGCGGCAUGCCAACGGGUGCUAAUUAUAUGCAACAGCCGCCGCCAACUCAUGCUCACUACGCGUCGCAACAACAGCAGCAGCCCCUGCAACAGCAACAAAUUCCAAUCAAUAUGCAUGAAAAUGUAUCGGAGAAAAUGCAGCAAGCGCAACCGCCACAGAACCUCGCUCAACAACAUAUGUGGCCGCCCAAUGCCAAUCCCGGACAAGGACCGGGACCUGGGCCAGGACCUGGAGCAGUGCCAUCAGCAAAUGGCUCGCCGUUAACAUUGAAUCUUGGCAGUCAAUUAGAUGCCAUUCAAAUGCAGCAGAAUACGUUGAGGGAGCAAAUCAAACAAUCGGAUGCGAAUCUUUCCGCACAGCAUACGGCGCUGAUGACGCAAAAGACAAAGCAAAUCGACGAAGCGAUGGCGGCGGCACAAACAACCCAACUGGAUCAAUUGGCCAAUGAGCAGGGUAUCGUUUUACGGGAAUUUGAUGGCGUGCUGCAGCCGAUCAUCGAGUCCUGCACCAAGGAUAGCAUCUCUGCAGGCAAGAACUGGAUUUUACAGCAUUCAACCGACAGCGCAAAAAUCAAUGUCGUUUUACAAUAUCUUUUAAAGAAGGCUUUGGUCAAUGGUUCAACGUUUCAGCAAAAAUUGCAUCUUAUAUAUUUAGUUAAUGAUAUCCUCCAUCAUUGCAUGCGAAAAAAUAUCAGCGAUUUGAAGAACAAUCUCGAGAACGUCGUUAUUCCGAUGUUCUGCGGCGCCGACUUGAUUGCCAACAAUGAUCAGCGUCAGAAGCUGUCCAAGUUGCUAUCACUGUGGGAGUCCAAGGCCAAGUUCUUUGAUGCCUGUGUCAUCUCGAAGCUGCAAUCACCGGACUCAUCCAUGCAGGAGUACAAAACAAAUCUGCAGAAUACGCAUCACGAUAUUGUGGCCAAGUACACCCAAAGCACCAAGGCAACGCUAGACAAUUAUCAGAAGCAGCAUCAAAUCUUUCUGCAGCAUGCGACUCAACAAAUUGCCCAGUUGGAGCAGCAGAAGCUGAAGCUGGAGAAACAAAUACUGAUUGCUCAAAAGGCAAAACACCAAAAGCAGCAGGUGCUCCAACAACAGCAGCAUCAACAGCAGCAGCAGCAACAGCAUCAACAGCAGCAACAACAACAGCAGCAGCAACAACAACACUCGCCACAAGGCGGCAAAUCAAUACCUUCCCUAAUGGCGCAGCGAAUCAAUAUGCCCGGCGUGGAUAAGGAGCAUAUGCACACGCCACCGCCGCCGCCGACGGUGGCAACACACGAACUACCAACACAUCCGCAGGCAGGCAACAACAUCUAUGCUGGCUAUCCACAGCAGCUGCAACAACAACAACAAAUACAGCCGCCAACAGCAAAUCACUUUGUGGAUCCGCGUGGUCCAAACUUUUUCAUUCCGGACAUGUCAAAGCCGCCGCCAGGCUUUCCAGGUCAGGUACCGCCACAGCAGCAGCAACAACAACAACAACAGGUGCCGCCGCCGCCAGCUCAAUAUCCGUCAUUGCCCGCUGCCGGUGGCGGUGAUGCAUCUGUGGAUCUGGGUGUGCUAAACGCAGCUAUUCAGGCAGUCAUGCAAAUGCAACAUCAACAGCAACAUCAGCAGCAGCAACAGAGGCAUCCCGAUGAUCAGCAGCAACAGCAGCUGCAACACCAACAUCCGCAUCCGCACCAGCAACAGGCACAACAACAACUACAGCAACAAGCGCCACCUCCGCCGUUUGCACAAAUUCCACUCAAUCUGCCGUUGGAAGCUGGCGUCGAUAUGGGUGCCUUAAAUGCAGCCAUACACGUUGUGCUGCAACAGCAGCGACCACCUGAUGAAGUGCUCGGCUCCGAAUCGCAUGCGGAUCAAGAUCGAGAUGCGGAUGAGCCGACAAUGCCGCAGCAGGAACCACAAGUGCCGUCAGCGCCCUAUUAUGACUUGCCAGCGGGUCUGAUAGUGCCACUAAUCCGUCUGGAGGACUACAACUAUAAGCCAUUAGAUCCCGCUGACAUACGGUUACCACCGCCGGCGCCGCAAAGCGAGCGCCUGACAAACGCAUUGAAUGCCUUUUAUGCGGCGCCCUCGCACGAUCGUCCCAGAGAUAAUGAGGGCUGGGAGAAACUGGGUCUCUACGAGUACUACAAGGUGAAGAAUGCGGCACGCAAGCAAAAGGAGGAGGAAAUUAAGAAUGGCACACGCGACAAGUCGCGCUCACCCAGUCCCAUUAUCCUGGAGAAGACGAAGAAGAGCAAUAAGCGUUGCUAUCGUUCGAAAAGUCGAAGUCGCUCGCGUUCCCGCUCGCCCAACACUCGCACUAAAUCCCGCUCAAGGUCCAAAUCGCAAUCGUUGGAGCGCGUGCCGACGCCGCCGCCGCCACCACCACAGCAACGUAGUAUGCGAGGAGGUAUUGGAGGAGGUGGCGGUGCUGGUGGCGGUAAUCGCAAGAUUCGCAAUCGUUCGCCGCGACAUGAACGUGACAACAACAAUAGUCGCGAGCAUCGCGCAGAUCGUAGCAAUAACAUCAGCAGCAAUAACAUCGGCAACAGCAGCAGCAACAAUAAUAAUAGCAACAAUGGCGCCAACAAUGUUAACAAUUCAAGGCGCGUGGAACGCGACAGAUCGCCCACACCACCCAGUUUCUUUGGCAGCAGCUUUGCCAAGCCGCAGGAGUUCAUCGAGGAGACCAACAAGGGCCAUCAAAUGCUCAUGAAAAUGGGCUGGGGCGGCACCGGCACUGGCCUCGGCUCCAAGAGUCAAGGCAUUGACACUCCCAUUUCGGGCGGUGAGGUGCGCGAUCGCAAAGAUAUGUACAAGGGCGUAGGCAACAAUCUGAAUGAUCCGUUUGAGAGAUUUCGCAAGAAUAAAGGCGCCGCAUUUGCGCAUCGCAUGAGCACAAGAGAAUACAAACCUUAGAAUCCCAGAACCAUACCCAGCCCCACCAGUCCACACAUCCGCUCCCGCCCGCCUACUUCUGGGAUUAUCGCAUUUCUGUUCUUUUCCUCUAGCCAAGAGAAUACAAUUUUUUAUAUAAAGCAUAAAAAAAA